GGAAAAAUGGAGGUCGGCGGAGGAGGAGAUGGAGGUUUUAGUCCUCGCGCCAGCGUAGAAGACAUACAGAGACGGCUGCUUCGACCGUCGUCGAUUCACUCACCACCUCCGACGCCGUUUUCUCGCGGCAAAGAUGUUCAAGGUCGAAAUUCAUCGCAGUUCGAGGCGAAUGCCAUGGGGCUUUAUCGUAAACAAGAAGCAAAAGAAGGAGAAACUGCGAGAAGGAAGAGGAAACUCGAAGAUUACUUGGAUCCGGUUCUUCUCUCUGCGGUUUCUUCGAAGAUCAGUCGUGCGCAGAAGGUUCCUAAGAUGAAGGUAAAGAGAGAGGUUAGGGAUUUUGAGUGGCCCGUCGCUGAAUUGAGGAUGUUGAUGGAUGAUUCGACGGUCGGAAAGGGGAAAAUUAAUACUGUUAAUCUCGGUAAUGACUCUGAUAAUCUCACAGAAAAUAAUGAAGAAGGAGAUGUUAAAUUCUCUACUCCGUUUCAAAAAUUUGAGCAGACUGCGUUGGUACUGUUCGAAUUAUGAACUGAAAUUGAAAUAUUAACUAACAAAUGUAGGAAUGUACAAAACUGGAUAGAAAUAAAGAAGAUCGGAGGCUUGUUUCUGUUUAUUUGCAUUUUGUAGUCAUACAAAGGGCCCUCUCUCGGUCUGAGAUGAAUUCUUCAUCCCAAU